AUGGCCAAUUGCUCAAAGGUGACCAAGUUUCUCCUUGAGGGCUUUGCUAAUGGGAGAGAGUUGAGGGUCUUACAAGUCGUAUCAUUCCUAUUGAUAUACUUGGCCACCUUGCUAGGGAACCUUCUCAUUAUUGCUGCCACUACUUUUGACCAGAGCCUUCACACGCCCAUGUAUUUCUUCAUCAGAAACCUGUCUAUCUUAGACAUGUGCUUUGUUUCUGUCACUGUCCCCAAUGCGUGUGUCAAUUCCCUCACUGACAACAGGGUCAUUUCAGUGGCUGGGUGUGCAACCCAGGUCUACCUGGUUAUUUACUGUGUGUAUGUGGAGCUCCUGUUCCUCACCGUCAUGGCCUGUGACCGCUAUGUGGCCAUCUGCCAGCCCCUCCACUACCCGGUCAUCAUGAACCACCAGUUCUGUGUCUGGACAACACUGGACUCCCUGCUCAGUGGCCUCAUCUAUGCAGGUGUGCACACAGGCAACACGUUCCGGCUGUCCUUCUGUCAGUCCAACGUGGUCCAUCAGUUCUUCUGUGACAUCCCUUCUCUGCAGAGGCUCUCGUGCUGCAAUACCUUCAUCAGUUUUCUCUUAAUUCUGAUGUCUGCCAUUAUGGUCUGUGGUGGCUGCUUUACCUUUAUUGCCAUGUCAUACAUUCAAAUACUUUCCACUGUGCUGAAGUUUCCAACCAGAGAGCGAGGCAAGGCCUUUUCCACGUGUGUCCCUCACAUCACUGUGGUUUGUGUCUUCCUCACUUCUCUCAUCUACGUGUACCUAAAGCCUUCAGUAACCUCUUCUAUGAUUCAGGACAUGAUUCUUUCUGUGUUGUAUACUAUAGUUCCCCCAUUCUUGAAUCCAAUCAUCUACAGUCUUAGAAAUAAACAGGUAAAGAAAGCUGUAAGCAAAAUAAUAUUAAGAAAGUGUUAUUCAGGGAAAUAA